GAGAGAGAGAGAGAGAGAGGCAGUGUAUUGACAUUACCCGCCGAACAAUUUAUGGUUUUAUUUUUGGAGUGAAGCGUUUUGUUUUGCGACCACCGGACUACGGAACUUCUGGCUCACUGCAGCAUUUUUUCGUAUCGUCUCUCCGCUCCUGCAGAUGAUCGAGGAAAGAAUCACAGCUGAGCAGGACUCAAACCACACUGCGAUUAUUUUUUUUUGGACAAAGAUAGUGGCGUCGUCUCGCAGUUCCUAUUCAGCUAUGGCAUCGUAGAGGGGGAAUGGGAAAUGGGGGGGAAUACACGAAGACCACGGUUUGCUAAGAUGCCUUAUUAGGAACACACACACACACACACACACACACACACACACACACACACACACACACACACACACACACACACACACACACACACACACACACACACACACACACACACACACACACACACACACCGGAUUGUUUAAACCCCCGGUGUCGCCGCGGCGGUCUCCCGUUUCGAGCAGCCCGUUCACCCAUUGCUCAAAAACUAUUCGAUUAAAGCCGCGGAUCCCGAUGGCAUGGACACUUAUGCAAGGUCCGCCGCGCCGCUGCCGUGCCACAGGAGCCCAUUCGCCGCGUCUUCCCUCCACCGAGCUCCAUCGCCACCAUCGCCCCGCAGCCAGACGAGCCCUGCCGCAACGCGCCGACCAGCGACCACCGAGCCAAAGCAGGCGGCGGCAUGAGGCUUGAUCCAGUGCAUUUAUCCAUGCUGGUCAUCGGGGUCUCCUUCGCCUGCUACUCCCCGAGUUUGAAUUCCCUGCAGGACCAGGCUUACAAAUCCGCCGUGGUGAUCGAGGGUAAGGUGCAGUCUGCGGUGCCCGCGAACGUCUCCUCCUCCUCCUCUUCCUCCGGCUCCCUGGCGGAGGAGCCGCACAGCGUGCACAGUGUCAGGGUGCUGGACGUGUGGCCGGUCAACAGUGGGGGUCUGGAGCGUGAGCAGCUCGUCACUUAUGUGGGAGAAUUCGGCUCGGAGUCGCAGCAGCCGUCGUCGUCGUCGUCUCCUUCGUCGUCGUGUGAUGCCAAAGUGAUCGCGAACCACAAGUACAUCUUUUUCAUGGACCCCACGGACGAGCCCUUGGUUUUCAAGGCAUCGUUCGCGCCCCUGGACACGAGUGGGAAAAAUCUAAAAAAAGAUGUGGGGAAGAUCUUGUGUGUAGACUGCGCUGCCGCCCCAAGGCUAAAGCCGAUGAAGUACAAGCCGUUGGUGGACGCGGGAGAGAAGCUCACGCUGAAGUGCGAGGCCACGGGGAACCCGAUGCCCAGCUACAAAUGGUACAAAGACGGCAAGGAGCUCACAAAGAAACCCCCCCCUGGCAUCAAAAUAAAGGGCAGCCUCAAGAACUCGAGGUUGCAGAUCAGCCGAGCUAAACUGGAGCAUUCUGGGAAUUACACGUGCGUGGUGGAGAACUCCCUCGGCCGGGAGAACGCCACGCGCUACGUCAACGUCCAAAGCAUCAUCACCACGACACCUUCUCCGGGCUCGGGCCAUGCCAGAAGAUGCAACGACACAGAGAAGGCCUACUGCGUGAACGGCGGAGACUGUUAUUUCAUACAGGGCAUAAAUCAACUCUCAUGCAAGUGUCCAAAUGACUUUACUGGCGAUCGCUGUCAAACCUACGUUAUGGCCAGUUUCUACCAGCAUCUUGGGAUUGAGUUUAUGGAGGCAGAAGAGCUCUACCAGAAGCGAGUCCUGACAAUCACGGGUAUCUGCGUGGCUUUGCUGGUGGUAGGCAUCGUGUGCGUCGUGGCCUACUGCAAAACCAAGAAACAGAGGAGGAUGAUGCACAAUCACCUGCGACAAAACAUGUGUCCGGAACACCCCAACCGGAACCUCGCCAACGGACCCAACCACCCGGGACCCGGACCUGAGGAGUUACCCAUGGUUGACUACAUAUCAAAGAACCUCCCGGCCACGGAGCGCGUCCUGCGACCCGCCCCCGAAGGCUCGUUCCGCGGCAGCCAUGCCUCUUCCAGAUCUCACAACUCUUCCACGCGAGCCCAUUCAUCAACCAACAGACACGACGAGCGAACAUGGAGCCUGGACCACUCGGGCAGCAUCCUAUCAGACUCCCCAGGCAUGAUGUCUUCCUCGGUGGGCACCAGUAAGUGCAGCAGCCCCGCCUGCAUGGAGGCCCGGGCCCGUCGCGCCGCGCACUGCGUCUUCUCCGACCCCCACCGACCAGGCCUGCAGUACGGAGAGUCCUUCGACUCUCUGGGAGACUCCCCACACAGCGACAGGUACGUGUCGGCCCUGACCACGCCCGCCCGCCUCUCCCCGGUGGACCUCCACUACUCGCUGCCCCCGCCCACCUUCCAGAUCACCUCCCCCAACGCCGGCCACGCCAUGUCGCUCCCGCCCGCCGCCCGCAACCCCUACCCCCCCGUGGAGGAGGACCAGCCCCUGCUGCUGCGGCGCUACCAGGUGCCGCUGCACGACGCCCAGGCCCAGGACCCGUACCGGCAGCAGCGCCGGCGGAGCUACCUGCGGGACAGCCGCGGCAGCCUGCCCUCCAGCCCCUACCCCCCGUCCCAGGACGAGCACUACGAGACCCCCCAGGAGUACCUCUGCUCCCUGGAGCAACCAAAGAGAAGCGCCUCCCGGGGGUCCCGAGGCGGCGGGGGCGCUUCGGGCCGCGGGGGCGGGGCCUCGGGGCGGGGAGGCGGGGCCCAGCCCGGGGCCCAGCAGUGCCGGCGGUCCCGGCUGAACGGGCACGUGGCACCGCGCGGCUACGAGGCGUCCCGGGACUACGGCUCGCGGAGCUGUCUGACGGACAGCGAGUCGGAGGAGGGGGAGGGAGGGGAGAGCACGCCGUUCCUCAGUAUGCAGAACAUGAACGCAGAGCCUCCCCCCCAGCCGCCCCCGCCCGCCGCUGCCACCGCCGCCGCCGCCGCCGCCGCCGCCUACCGGCCCGCGGACUCUCGGACUUCACAGCCGGGCGGCCGGCACUCGCACACGAGACUCACGCACACACGAUCCAAACCGGACUCCAACACCCCCCACUAGAAGAGAGGGACGGUAGAGAGAGGGUGAGAGGGGGGGAGAGAGGGAGGGAGAGAGGGAGAGAGAGAGAGGUGAGGAAAAAAAAAAACAAAGAAGAAAAAAAAACCAACAAAAAAAUAAAUAUACUAUAGACCCUGCAUCUAUAAGAAAUAUUUUUAUUUUAUAUAACUGACAGAUAUUCUAAACAAAUGAAAUAUUUAUUUUCAUUUUAGAGCAAAAGUUGUCUACUAGUUAACAGCAAAGACUUUUUAUAGGGAAAACUCUAUUUAUAUGUACAUUUUGAUUUACAGCAUACACCGUGGCAGUUUUUUCACUAUGUAAAAAAAAUAUAGGGUAAUAUUGUGGUGCCUUUUGCUGUAUGCCGAUGACGGAGGGCCUUGGACCGUUUUAUAGCCUUUCUUAUAUGGAAGCCUCAUUUUUAUACACCUUUAUUAUUAUUGUUAUUAUUAUUAUUAUUAUUAUUAUUAAUUAUUAUUAUUAUUAUUGUUGUUCUUUCUUUAUUCUUUUCCCCUUGUUUUCCUUCUUUUAAGAAUCUAGCCCCACGUUUUAUCCCCUUUUCAUGUCACGCAAUAUAAACCACUUCAACGUCAGGUGUAUGUUUACAUUAAUAUGAAACGCCUGUAGACUUUAUGAGUUGGGAUCUAUCGAAUAGAACGCCUGCUAAAUGCAAUGCCCAUCCUUGCCGCCCCCUGUGUCUGUGUGUGUCUGUGGCUUUGUGACUGUCUGUGUGUUUGUGCACACUUAUACGUGUGCUUGUGCGCCUGUGGGUGUGUGUGUGUGUGUGUGUGUGUGUGUGUGUGUGUGUGUGUGUGUGUGUGUGUGUGUGUGUGUGUGUGUGUGUGUGUGUGUGUGUGUGUGUGUGUGUGUGUGUGUGUGUGUGUGCAUGUAUGUGUCCACGUGUGGUUAUUCACGCGUGAAUGUUUAACAAAUGUAUGUGUGCAUGUGUGUCUGUGAGCCCGUGAGCGUAGCCCUUAGUUUGCUUGCAUGUGUGAGUGUGUGUGUGUGUGUGUGUGUGUGUGUGUGUGUGUGUGUGUGUGUGUGUGUGUGUGUGUGUGUGUGUGUGUGUGUGUGUGUGUGUGUGUGUGUGUGUGUGUGUGUGUGUGUGUGUGUGUGACGUAGGAUAGAGUGUGUGGCUGUUUGCUGUGGUCCCAUCAGGUGUUGUGUGGAGCUGCUCCCUCCGGGGGUCUCCCGGCCCCCAGGAGGUGUGUGUGGAGGUGUGGAGGCUGGAGCUGUUUCUUCUGAGGCUUGGAUGUCAUGCAGUUGACCAUCGUCUCACGUUUAACCUCCAAACUCACCUUGGCCCCCCCCCCCAUCAUCUGCCAUUUUUGUUAGAGGUCUGUAACCAUCCCCGCCCCCCCUAUGAUUGGUUCCUGCAACACAAGCGCCUGUUUGGAUUGGCUGACGAUGAACAUCAGAGAAGCCCCCCCCCCCCAAAAAAAGCAUUUAAUUCAAUCUCUCUCUCUCCCCCUAUCUAUGCUCCAUCCCUAGCCCCCCCCCCUCACCCUGUCACCCGCCAUGCUUUCAGUGGCGUUGAGAGCCACACAGUGUCUCAGGAUCUCCACCCCCCCCCCUCCGUCGUUCCCUUCUGUCUUUCUCCUCAACUCAAAAUCUGCCUAAGAUACGUGGAGCGCUUGAUUUAGACAUCACAUCUACUGCCCCGCCAAGCCCCCCCC